CGGUGAAGACUCUCAGGACUUUGAAGCAAUGAAGACUGUGGCAGCUUUUUUUGUUUUUGUCUUUUUGACUAUUGUUGCUGUUCAAGGGCAGCCUCGGUUUGGCAGACAACGGUGUUUAUGUCGGGGUGCAGGUGUCAAAAUGGUGCAGCCAAUGUUUAUAGAGAAGGUUGUAAUUCACCCUGUUAGUCCGUCUUGUGGACAUCUGGAAGUUGUUGUCACACUGAAGAACAGAAGGGGGCAGAGAUGCUUAAACCCAGAGUCAUUGUUUACCAAACACAUCAUUGAGAAGAUUGCAAAAAAGAGUGCUCAGUCAAAUAUGUGAAGUGGGUCAGCUCAUGAAGUCUGGGGGUUGUGAUCUGUGUCAUUAAAAAUCUGUUUUGAUAUUUUUUAUAUAUAAUACAUAAUUUAAAUAUAAUAUAUUGCUUUAUUUAUUUAAAAAAACUAAGGUGUUUCUUCUGUUGUUUAUGUUGUGUAU